AUGGUAACGGCAAUCAAUACAUUUUCGUUGCACUGGGCCGAUAUUUUGGUAUUAGUCAUAUAUUUUGCAGUAGUCAUUGGAUUCGGCGUUUGGUCCUCCUGUAAAAAUCGCGGUAGCGUUGGCGGAUAUUUUCUUGCCGGUCGCACAAUGACAUUUUUACCGGUGAGAACAAAUUUUUGUUACUCGUGGAAACACCAACAGUCUAUCUUUGAGGUUGGUGCAUCAUUAUUUGCAAGCAACAUUGGCAGCGGCCAUUUCAUCGGCCUUGCAGGUAGUGGUGCAAGUAAUGGUAUUGGUAUGGCUGGCUAUGAAUUAAAUGCAGGCUAUGUAUUGAUGAUUCUUGGCUGGAUAUUCUUACCAAUCUAUACUAAAGCUGAUGUUUAUACAAUGCCAGAGUUCUUAAAGAAAAGAUUUGGUGGUGACCGUAUUCGAUUUUAUCUAACUAUUCUCGCUUUGAUACUUUCGAUAUUCACUAAAAUAUCAGUGGAUCUUUAUUCAGGAGCAAUCUUUCUCAAUCAAGCACUCGGCUGGAAUAUGUAUGUGUCAGUAGUAGCUCUUGUCGCACUUGCAGCUAUAUUUACCAUUGGCGGAGGAUUAUCAGCUGUAAUCUGGACGGAUUUCGUUCAAACAAUCAUUAUGGUAAUAUCCGCGUUUAUUCUGAUGAUUAUUUGCUAUGUUAAAGUGGGUGGACUACAACUAAUCAAAGAGCUCUAUCCCUAUGCUGUUGCUGAAACAACAUUAUUCAAUGACACUUAUUGUGGUAUACCACCGGAAGAUUACUUUAGUCUUAUUCGACCAUUAAAUUCAGCAAAUGGACCACCUUGGGUGGGAUUAUUCGGUAUGACACUCCUCAGUGUAUGGUACUGGUGUAGUGAUCAAGUAAUCGUCCAACGAGUACUAGCAGCAAAAAACUUGACGCACGCGCAAGGAGGUUGUAUUGUCGCAAGUUAUUUGAAAUAUUUACCGAUAUUCUUGAUGGUCAUACCUGGUAUGGCUGCACGAAUACUUUUUCAAGAUAGAAUAGGUUGUUCGACUCCUGAAACAUGUAAAGAAAUUUGUGGCAAUGAAUUAUCGUGUGCCGACAUUGCCUAUCCUUUGAUUGUGAUCGAACUGAUGCCUAACGGUCUACGUGGUUUGAUGCUUGCUUGUAUGAUUGCAGCAUUAAUGUCAUCGUUAACAUCAAUCUUUAAUUCGUCGUCGACGAUAUUUACAAUUGACAUAUGGCAACGAUUUCGUUCGAGGGCGCCACAAUGGGAACUUUUAAUUGUUGGAAGAAUCUUUACAUUGAUUCUCGUUGGUAUUUCGAUACUUUGGAUACCUAUUCUAUCGGCAGCACAAGGUGGAAAAUUAUUUGAUUAUAUGCAAACAGUAACGAGUUUCCUAGCACCACCAAUUUGUGCCAUUUAUGUAUUAGCAAUUCUUUGGAAACGAAUCAAUGAAGAAGGCGCUUUUUGGGGUUUGAUAUGCGGUUUAGUCAUUGGUUUAAUACGAUUCAUAUGGGAAUUUUCGUAUUCCAUUCCACCAUGCCAAUUAGCGACAACAGAUCGACGUCCAGAAGCAAUAAAAUUUCAUUUUCUGAACUUUGCUCUUCUACUUUUCGUCUUAACUUGUCUAGUUACGAUAAUCAUUAGCUUACUAACGCGCCCAAUCCCAGAACAAUGUUUGCACGGUUUGAAUAUAUUUGAUUUGGAUAAUCCACUGAAGCCAUCACCAAUACCAACUAAGCCUGGUCGAUGGCAUAAGGCUGAUACUGCGUUUGAAGACACAGAUCAACGAUCAGAACCAACCAACCGACGAUUAUCACGCGCAGAAUCGAGUGCUGCCUUGAGAAAAUAUGGAUUAUUUUAUGCAGAUCCAUCGAAGAAGAAUGUGAAGUACUAUUUGAAAAUUGCUCUUUCAUGGAUUUGUGGUGUCGAACAUCAAGCUAAGGAUGACGACAGAGUCGAUAUCAUACCUACCAUGCCAUCAUUAGCACCGGAAAAUCUUUUUUGGAAACGUAUAUGCAAUAUAAAUGCUGUUAUUAUAAUAGCAUUAAGUUCAUUUCUUUGGGCAUUCUUCACUGAUUAUCGUAUUGAUAAAAUGUAUACAAAAUAA